AGCUAUGGAGUCUCCCACCUAUCCCGUCAUCGCACAGUCAAAGAGCAAAGCAUAGUACCCAACUAUUUAUUAAAGGGCUAAACAAUUUAACUGGAGUGUGUCUCAGAACAAUACGUAUUAUCUUCAUAAUGAGAAGAACACCUGCAAAACCUCAAAAAAGCCUCGGUUUUACAAUAGGGAAAUGGUUUCUGGUAGCGGAAGGUGUAUUGGUAGCGUAUGCAUACUCAAUCUACUUCAAGCUCAACAGAUAUCAAGAUUACAGAUACAAAUACCAUAAGGAGCAUCCGUGGAUUUUGAAUAUGUACUACAAAGUAGGUGAAACAAUUGGUGGAUUAGACACUCGAAAUAAGGACUUGGAACAUUGGAGACGUCUUGAAAGCUCUGAAAAUAAGUCUUGAUAAAAAUAUACUGUGAAAUCAUAAUACCUGUAGGGGACAAAUUUUCAUUAACCUUUACACUGCUAAAUUUCUUUAAUGAACUUGUCCAUCUUCCAAUCUGAACAGUACCAUUAACUAUUAAAAGGGAUGCUUACUAAAAUGAUACUGACUGAAUAACGAACAAUGCAUAUAUUGACCAGACUGCACAGGUAUGCAGCCUGAUCGUGAUCUACGCUGUUUGCAAAGGCAGAAUCAAUCCUGUCCAGCAUGAUAAGGGUUAAGAAAUACAGUUUCCAUUCAUCCUGUCUUCAGAAGCUGAAAUUCACAAACUCAUAUCCCCACGAAACCCACAGAUUUAAUGCCCACAAAAUUAAAUUAUUUCAGUUUUAGUUAAAAUUGGAAAUUAUUAGUGUAUCAGUUGACAUUGUAUUAACAAAGGCUCUCAGAAGCAUUUGAUACCAAGUGUUAAACCCAGACCAGUUUCCCAUACGAAGAAGUGAUGCAGACGAAAUUCGGUGUUAACGAACAAGAUAAUUUAUUUAAUGAAACGGUUGUCUGUUUUAGUUCUUUUAUUCGAUUUCAUGAAAUACCUGCAUGUGAUAUGCCUUCAUUUUAUCUAUAGAUAGUAAUAUAAAUGAAUCAUGUUUUACAUGUUUUUGUAAUAAAAUGAAAGUUGAA